GUUUAAUGUUCUUAAGCUAUAGGAUUAACUUAGUUUUGAUAUUGGCCAUGUAAUGCAAAAUUGCAACGUCACAAAACUAAGGAGGUGGAAAUCCACACGUGUGCAGUUUCAUAUUAUUAGAGUUUCAUCACACUACAGAUUCAAUUAUAAAUCAGAACUUAACUGAGAAAACAUACUUUUAAUAAAAGAAUAUAAGAUAUGAUGCAAUCAACAAUUAUGACUAGUGUAAUGUUUAUCAUCACAUUGUGUUCUCUGCAAGUUACCAGGUUAAGUGCAGAAUCAGGAAAACAAUGUGAUAUUAAGCUAUGGUAUCUGGACCUACUUGUCCAGGGUCAUCUUAGCGGGGACUUAUCUGCAUCUCAAUCUGCAGUGAAACAGACUAUAGAGAACAUCAUCAAACAGCCGGAAAAUGUGAUGGUUGACUGUGCAAUACUGGUCACAUAUGAAACAAUGCUUGGUGUAAAGACAAAAGAGAAGAAAACGGAGCCAGUUGAUAAUGUAAAUGAUGAUGGUGAUGAUAUUAAUCACAAGGAUGAUACUACUGAUGAUACAGAAGAAGAUGAUGAUGACGACAUAGACCCAACUGAACUUGAUGAAGUAAUUUCACAUACUGAUAAAAUUGAUGUAAACAGAAGAGAAAGUAACAAAACAGACACCAAAGCACAAAGUCUCAAUGACGACCCUUCUGAUACUGAUGAGAAAAAGGACAUAAAACAAAAGAACACUAAACAUAUCAUUUCACUUGAAAAACUAAUAAAGCAAUCUCAAACUAAAAACUCAUGCAGCUUAAGUUUUUACUACAUGACAGUUUUGACGUAUAAAGACAUAAAUAUCUCUCCAGCAAACCACACAAUGACAACUUGGGAGUAUCUAGAAACCAUGGCGUGUUACUAUUUCAAAGAACUAUGUAAUAAUGAAGUUGAGGUCACUGAACAUUUAAUAAAACAAAAGCUAGAUGACAUCAUGAAUGUGACAAGACAAUCCUGUAAGCAAUGCCAUGCAAAAUGUGAAUUCUAUACAGUGAUGCAUUUCAUGUCGGGAUUGAUGAGUCUUCCAGAGAACAGAAAGAAACAAUCUAAGUGGAAAGCUCCCAAUUGUGACAAACAGAGAAUGGUAACUUUAUUAUACUGUUACUUCAAGGAACUUACAAUACACAAGUUAACAUGUAGACCAUCUGAUAAACCUGUUCAUAAGGAUGGUUAUUUGACGUUAGACCAUACAAAAUGCAUCAGGUACAUGUAUAAACAUUCAAUGAGCACAUUUAUCUGCUCUAUAUGGAACAUGAUACCAUUAACCUAUCCUAUGAAUUUGCCAAAAGUGAAUACUUCAUCAAAUUUUAUGAAAUGCUUCAAGUAUUGUAUCAAAAACAGACGAAAGGCAGAUAUCUGUAAUGUAUACAUAUCAAAAAGACCCACAAUUGACAACAUCAAUGAUGCUAUCAAUAGUUCAGUUGAGAACAUGAAAACAAUUGAGAAAACGGAACAACCAUUGUUGAGUAAAUCUGACAUAAAAGAUGAAACUGACUCGAUCCAGGAAGACAUUAUCGAUAAUUCUCAUACUGUUCUUGAUAGAAACCUGAACAAUCAAAAUACAAUUGAUAUUACAAGGCAACAUACAAUUUCAAACACUGAUAUAAAAGAUGAAAUAAAAAGUGUGCUAAAAGAAACUGAGGCUCAACACACUUUAAAGUUACAGUUCCUAGAAAUGCAACUGUUAAAACUAGAGAACAAAUUACUAACAAGUUCAAUGGUGAAACAAAAUGAUUCCUCUACUCUUACACAGCUCCACAAUACGAUUCUAAAACUAGAAAAUGAACUGCUAAAACUAAAUCAAAGUUUUACAGAAAUAAAAAUGAAAACAGAUGUAAUAUAUAAAUCGCAACUUGAUGAGAAGAAAUACCCAGCUUUACCCCCUUCCGAAAUAGAAGCUAAAUCAUUAGAAAUAGUGAAGAAACAGAAAUCCCAAUUGGAAACACUUUCUAAACUAGUUCAAGAUCAGACCAUUAACUUAGAAGCUAUGAAAACGAAAGCAGAUGAAUCUGAUAUGCAGAAUAAGAUACUUCAACAAACAGUGAUGUCACAAUCACUGCUCAUAUCAGAACUGAUGAAUAAAGUGGAGUCAAUGACACAGUUGACACUUGAGACCCAACAACAGCAACAAAGAAUGCAAUAUCUAAUGGAUAAGAAAGAACAACCAGAGAUGGUGAUACAAAAAAUUAUAGAAACUCCUAUUAUCAAGAAGCAAGCAAAUGAGCAAGCUGAACCUACUUUGGCUGACACACAUAUAAAAUACAACAUGGAGGGAAUUGAUAGAAUAAAAGAUAAAGCAUCUGAUACUCUGUCUGAAGCAGAUAAUCGUGCAACUGAAAAAAUUGAUUCAGACAAGACCAAUGCAGAAAGUGAAGCAAGACGACAAAGUCAGCAAUUGGAUGAAAAGGUUCCAAGCAAUCCUAUUACUCCAGAUAUGAAGAAUAGUGAAAAUGAAAUCACCCAAACGAAUCAGUCAGUAGAUAUAAAACCAUAUAUCAGCACUUCAAUAACAAAUCCAAAAUGUCUGAGCAACAAUAAAAAUACAAUUAUCAGAUUUUUCAAAUCAAUACUAAUACAAAAAUACCAAAAGAUGUCUGGUAUCAAUGAUGGCUGUCAGCGAUGUACAGAUUAUCAAUCUUUACAGAAUGACAGCAUACAGAUCAAUAGUGGUGGACGUAUGAUAAGAAGUGACAAACAAGAUGAAGAAACUGAUGUUCAAAAGUCAAAUACCAUCAAUGCAGAUGAAAAUGAUGAAAAAUCAGACAACUCAAAUGGAGAAGAAUCGAAUGGAAAUAAGGGUGCUAUAAAUGUAAAAAAUGACAAAGAGGAGGACAAUGAGACUGGACAAGCAAUCAUAAAAACGAAUGCAACUAGCAAAGACAUUG